CGCUUUUGUGCAUCCCCGACCGCGACCUCUACCAUACAACCUACGUCAAGCAUCCGGCGCGCAUCACCACUUUUCCUCCAUCUUGUCGUGAUCGCACUCAUUGUCGUCUUGAUUCUCUCGAGUAUGCAGAGCGGGUAAACAACCAAAUUCGACAACUCGAUAAUCGGCCCAACUCCAACAUGCAACUCGUCACCAUCACCCUCGCCUUCCUGGGCUCGGCCUCGACCGCCCUAGCAGCGCUCGCUCAACACCUCCCGCAGACCUCAAUAACCAUUUCCCUCCCAUCCGCCCCUCCUGGUGAUGUCAGUGGCAAGCUUUUCGUCUUCCCUCCCUCAACGCAUGGCACGCUCUCGACCUUUGGACAGACCAAGUCAGCCCCCCUCAGCGUUGCCAACACGCUUGUUUUCAGGAACGUCACGCAGGGCUCGUACUUGCUGGACAUCCACUGCGCGACGCACGCGUUUGCUCCGCUGCGGGUGGACGUGGCGCCCACCCUGGACGGCGUGCUCGAGGAAGGGGACGGACACGGCAACGUCAAGCUGGAGGUGAAGGCGUGGCAGACGUAUCGGGGUAACGAUUGGGAUAACAAGGGAGAGGAGGCGCCGAGGCAGACGCUGAAAAACGGGAGGGAUGGAGGUGUGGUGUUUGGGGCGAAGGUGUUGGGAGAAAAGGGGUAUUUCAUGGAGAGGAGUAAAUUCUCCAUUCUUUCGAUCCUCCGCAACCCCAUGAUUCUUCUCGGUUUGGUCAGCAUGGUCAUCUUCCUUGGCAUGCCGAAGCUGGUUGAGAACAUGGACCCCGAAAUGCGCGCUGAAUGGGAGGAGAAUCAGAAGAAGAACCCCAUGAACGCUCUCAUGGGCGGCGGUGGCGCUCCGGCGGCGCCGAACUUUGAUAUGGCUGCUUUCCUUGCCGGUACCAGCGCCAAGAAGGAGGAGUCGUCUGGUGAUGCAGCGGCGAGCACUGGCGGCGGCGCCCAGCAAGGGGGCAAGAAGAGGAGGGGUUGAAACUACAAUACUCGCGGGAAUCAAAUUUGCAUUGUUUGUAUACCAAACUACCAUUAUGGCUUGAAAAUGCUAUAUAAAUUUUAGAUGUCAAAAUACAUACAGAUUCUAUCUAUU